CGCCCUCAGCGCGGAGCGGCGGAGCCGCCUCGUGUCUGUUCCUGUCGGAGGUGUUGGGCGGCGGAGAUGGCCGAGCUCAAGUCGCUGGGUGGCGGCGAGGCGUACCUAGCGCUGGCCCCGGGCUACGGUCCGUCGGCUUUCGCUUACGGAAGCACCGAGGGACAGCGGGGCGCUUACACGGGGAGCGGUGGGGCGGACUUCCAUCCCGGGGCGCUGGGGAAGUCGGCGGAGAGCAGCGGAGAGCAGAGCGGAGACGAGGAGGACGGAUUCGAGACCGGAGUGAAGGGCGGAGCGGCCUUCGAGAGGGAGGGCAAGCUGAAGGCAGCGGCGCUGGGCAAGAAGCCCAAGGAGCAGCGCUCCCUGCGCCUCAGCAUCAACGCGAGGGAGAGGAGGAGGAUGCACGACCUGAACGACGCGCUGGACGGGCUGCGCUCCGUCAUCCCGUACGCACACAGCCCCUCGGUGAGGAAACUCUCCAAAAUCGCCACCCUGCUGCUGGCCAAGAACUACAUCCUCAUGCAGGCUCAGGCUCUGGAGGAGAUGAGGCGGUUGGUGGCCUACCUGAACCAGGGCCAAGCCCUCAGCGCCCCGUUGCCCGCCACCCUCAACCCCUUCGGACAGUCGGCCGUGUACCCCUUCACCAGCACGGCCUUGCCAGGCUGCCCCGAGAAAUGCACUGCCUUCACAGGAGCUGCCUCUGCGCUCUGCAAACACUGCAGCGACAAGCCUUGACUCCUGCCUUCUUCGGGCUCCUUCUCGGGUUUAUUUUGCUUUAUUUCUUUUUGAAUUCCGUGUUUUUCUUUCCGCUGCCAUCAGCCUCGGCUUCCUACUGUCAGUUAAGUCUGGGUUUUCUUUUUUGUUCGUUUCUCUUAUACCUCCCCUGUCCCUUGGAACCGGUAUUUGAAACAUUUGGCCAUGACACCAACCCCCAAAGCACGCCCCGUUACUAACUUCAUUUAGUUCUCCCCCUGUGCAGCUUCAUCCAUAGAGUUGUUUCCUUCCCGCGCUGUUGGUGGACUGUGCACGUAACAUUCCUGCUCGUGAAGUUCUUGAGCAGCUCUAAAACUGAACUACAGAAACACAGAGGGGUGUGUGUGUGUUGGGGGGAAGAUCUGGUGAUGGAAACCUCAGUGGGGGUUUUUUUUGGGGGGGGUCUGAUUGAUCUGGUUUAAAAACAGCUUCUAAGAAACAAAACCCAGCCCCAAAGCUAUGCAACGUUUCAGGAUCACACGUAAACUAGGGGUUCCUAUGUAGCCAGAUGGGGUUUGAGUGCGCCUGCAAAUCCCAGUGUGAAAGCUCAGCUUGUGGGAGGGAGGAAGCUUGGUGCUCCUGUCCAAAUUACGGAUGCUUCAGAAUAACAUGCAGCCUUGUGCUUUAAAAAGAACAUUUCUUGAACUGAGGGGGACUCUUGAUUGUAUGCUAUUGCCUGCUUUAUGCCUGUUUCUCAGCGUGGUUAAGUUUUCCAGGUUUUCCAAAGCCUUCGCUCAUCAUUUUAAAACAAACAACAACAAAAGUCACUUAACAUAUUUAUAUGUAUUUAUAAUAAAUAAAAGACAUGAAUAACUGUUUUCUCUGUCCUACAUGUCUGUAAAGCCAGCUGGUAGUCAGAGCACAGCCCCUGCUGAAGCCAGUUAAAGUGAUGCUGCAGCAGUGCUUUACAGGGGCCGGUGUGAAGUUAGGCGAACAAUCGUACUUUGAAAAGCUUUUUGGACAUUCAGCUCCUUAUCAGCAGGGAUUUGGGAUUUCUCUGCACUUUGUUUCAUGAAUCCUAAGCACCCAAAAGAUGCUUGUGCCUGUUAUUUACAGCUGAGCAGCCUGGAAGUAUAUCGGAUUGAGGUUGUGGAUUUCAGCGCUUGCUGGAAAAUACCCUGGUGCUGGAGCUGUGUUUAGAACAGGCUGCUCUAGCACUGAACUUAGCUCGUGUGAAAUGUGGCAGGGAAGGAAGCUGCUUAAAGACUCUUCUCAUCCCUUUGGCUUGGUUUUCUGUUCUGUCUGCACCAUGAUCCUAGACCUGCGUGUGGUUCGGGCCACUUAAUGAAUGAUUAAAUGACUAAUCUUGUAUUGACUGUGUUAGUGCAAGUUCCUAAGCGGGUACCUUGCUGGCCAAGUUUUGAAUGCUGCUGUGCUGGUUUACUUUGGUUUUCUUUUUAUUAUAUUCAAUACUCUGGUGCCUUGUGUGCUUCACUAAUCGUUAUAUAAUCGUAAUUGAGGUACAUUCAGUGAUUUCUGUUCAGAUUGGAAUGCCGGCCCCGUGUCAGAGCAAGCACGUAAACUGGUACAGUUGCAGCCUGAGGGGCUUGAGCUGUCUGUGGCCAUUUGUGUUAGGAGUGGGGUGUAACUAUUUAAGGUUAUUAAACCAAUUUCCAUGGCUGUCGUUAGUGUUAUGCUAAUUUGAAAAGGACUGCCAUCCCUCUAAAGCUGCUUGUCCGUGGCACUUAAUUUUAAUUAAUACCUAUCUAAAAGACUUGUUGUUUUGGAAAAUGAAUGCGUGGCUAAGCAUCGUUCACAACCGCAUACUUAAAAUUAAUUCGUAUCUUCAUUUCUUCUUUUUUAACAGGUUUAUUGGUUGUACCUCUUUCAGUAAAGUCUUGGCGUUAUUCUUAAAAGGCAUCUGAGGAAGUGAAAGUGAACCAGAACCAAUACUGAGGCACAAAUGACUGGACGCUGCAAAUCAGCACCAGUCAUUCAAUGUUAUGCAGUCUGAGUUGUUAUCUGAAGCUAUUUAGAGAAUCACGAUUUUGAACUAAAUGCUCAUCAAUUCUGUUUAAAAUUAUUGAAAAUCAAACAGCUGUGAAUAUUGAAAUGGCAAAUGGUUGAACUGUUUCUUUUUCACCAGAGCUGAAAUAGUUGGGGUACGAAGCACUCAACAGCUUAAUAUUAAGUAUAAGUUUGUGUUGGUUAAAAGAUUAUAACAUUGGAAUUUAUAAUUGCUUUUUUCUCAACUAAUUAUACAGAAAAGUGGCUCGUUAUAAUUUCCGAGCUGAGAAAAGUCUUCGCAGUCUCACAGUUAUUUUUGGAACAAUGAUUUUUAGUGCAGCGAUUAUCUUCUGCAAUUUCCAGGAGAGAAAAAAGCCUGCUCCUAUUACCAUAUCUACCUCAGAUCCUAACAUCAACCUUCAGAGGGUCCUUGAAAUAUUCAGGAGGCUCUUUGAGAACCCACUUAGAAUGAAGUGAUUAAUUUCAGACGCAGAAGUUAAAGCUUUUAUUUAAGAACGUUUUAAUACGGGAAAAAAAAUAGAAAGCUCAGGUAAGUUGUGUGAAAGGCAAGCUAUUAGAAAUAUAAAUAUAGAAAUUAUCAAAGCAAUACUACAGGAACUCGUAAAUAAUUAUUAAAUUGUACUUUAAAGAGUAAUUCAUUUCCAAAUGGAAGGGAGCCCAUUCAUAGCCCUGCCUGCAACAAAGUGCUGCUGGACUGUGAGCUGACUGGCUUCCAGGUUAUUGGGAAAGUUCAGUUCUGGGAGCUGAAUCCAGCCGCCGUGGGCUUGUAGGAUUUUCUUUCUUAUACAGAUCUGGAACCCAUAGAGAACCCUUCAUGUUUCCUGCUGACAGGAAGGCAUCUAGUCUGGUAUGACAUACACUUUGUGUUGAGCUGCUGCUAAUACUGCUGCCAAAUGAAUGCCCAGUAAUGCUUUGCUUAGAGGGGAUAAACCAGGCUUCUGGCUAUCUAUGCGUGUGAAACGUUGGUGUUAGCCUUGCAGGUGUACGUGGUUACUGUGAGGAGGAGAUGCCAUGAAUUCUCAGUUGGUUUUCCCCACACUGGCAUAUUAAAUAUCUAUCUAUCUAUAUAUAUAGUGUUCUAUGUAAGGUUUUAUGUCUCUUGUUUUUUCGGUUGGUGUUUCAGAGAAUACAAAGGAAGAGCUUCAAAAUGCUGAAAUCUCUUUUUCUGCUCUCACGUCCUUGUUAAGAUUCCUGGUUGCUUUUUAUGAAGGAUUUACAGUGUGUGCUCGGAUGGAACUGAAAUACAGAUGGUGUGUUCUGAUCUACUUGUUAUCCUGGUAUGUUCAUACUUGACAGAAAAAGAAAAUGCCAACUUUAAUUAAAGGUAAUAUAUUGUUUUCUAA